AUGAAAAGGAUUAUUGCUAGUCUGUUUCAACAAACAAAAAUUAAUUUGUCAAGUAUAUGUAUUAAACAACAACAACAGAGAUCAAUUCAAACAUCUACAUAUCAUUUUGCUAGCGUUGAAGAACAAGUAAAAGAACAACAAAAACGAAAUGAAGAAGUACAAGAUAUGCCAGAAUUAGUCCGAGAUUUCCUUGAUCCAGCUGAAUUUUUUCAACAAGUCAAAUCGAUCUGUGGUAUAAAUUUUUUUUGUGGUGUACCUGAUUCAUUGCUUAAAGAUUUCUGUGCAUAUGUAACAAAAAAUGUUCCAUCAAGUCAUCAUGUUAUUACAGUUAAUGAAGGUCCUGCUGUUGGUCUUGCUUGUGGUUCAUAUAUGGCAACAGGACAACCUGCAUUAGUCUAUUUACAAAAUUCUGGUCUAGGCAAUAUUGUUAAUCCUAUCAUGUCUCUUGCAACACCAGGUGUUUAUAGUUUACCGAUGUUAUUAUUAAUUGGUUGGCGUGGUGAACCAGGUAAGCGCGAUGAACCACAACAUCGCAUUCAAGGGCCUGCAACACCUGGUAUUCUUGCUGCACUUGGUAUUCCUUUUCAACCAUUACCGGAUUAUCACGAUGGUGCUGGUCAAGCACUUGAAACAGCUAAACGUUAUAUGGAAACAGCAAAAGGUCCAUAUGCAUUACUUGUUAAACGGCAAACAUUUUUACCAUAUUCAUUACCGAAAAGAAGCGCAGAUCUAGAAGCGGGAUUAAGUUUAACACGUGAAGAAGCUUUACAAUGUGUUAUUAGUCAUUUUCAACAUCGAGAUGUUGUUGUUGGUACAACUGGAAUGCUUAGCAGAGAAUUAUUUGAACUUCGAAUGAAACGUGAUGAUGGACAUGAACGAGAUUUUUUAACUGUCGGUGGAAUGGGUCAUGCAUCGUCAAUAGCAUUAGGUAUUGCUAUACAAAAACCAAAUCGAACUAUAUAUUGUUUGGAUGGUGAUGGUGCUGUUUUAAUGCAUAUGGGUAUAUUAGCAAAUAUUGCUGCAGCUGCACCAUCAAAUUUCAAACAUAUUGUAUUUAAUAAUGGGACACAUGAUAGUGUUGGUGGUCAACCAACAGUUGCUGGUGAUCAUAAGCAAUUUUCAUUGUGUCACAUAGCUCAAGGUUGUGGUUAUAAACAUGUAAUGAUAGCAACAAAUCAAAAUGAAAUAAAAGAAGCAAUGGAAAAAAUGCGUACAAUUAAUAAUGAUGGUCCAGUUUUACUUGAACUUCGAAUUAAAACUGGUCAUAGAAAAAAUUUAGGCCGACCAACACGAUCAACAAAUGAGAAUAGAAAAGAUUUUAUGCAUUUUUUACAACUUAGUUAA